AUGAGCGUGGUGCUAAUCAUUGAGCGAAGAAUUGUGCAAGACAUCUCUCGCAUCACUCGUGAUCCCCCCCACGGAGUGAAGGCCUCUCCUUUCUCAGACAACAUGAUGUAUUGCCAUGCAAUCAUCAACGGGCCAGAAGACACUAUGUGGGAGACAGGCACUUUCCACUUACUGAUUAAAUUCACGGAGGACUACCCGACUUCGCCGCCGAAUGUCCGGUUCCUGACGCGAAUGUAUCAUCCAAACAUUUACUCAGAUGGAAAAAUUUGUUUAGACAUCCUGCAAAACCAGUGGAGUGCCAUGUAUGACGUCGCAGCGGUGCUUACUUCAAUUCAAAGUCUGCUAAGCGACCCCAACCCCGACUCUCCAGCCAACCCUCAGGCAGCAAAAAUGUUCGUUAACAACAGAGUUGAGUACGACAGGCUUGUUCUGGAAUGCGUUGAAGACAGCUGGGCGAUUCCAACUUUGCCAGAGGGAACCUUUGAGGAUGAGUAA